GCGGCAACGUCCCACCCGCACUCACACACACGAGGAGCACCUCCAUCUCCUGCGCAGCGAAUCGCCACCUCCUUUGCGUUACUGCUGUUGUGCUCUUAUCUUCAUUAUUUCUAUUCCCCCGUCCCUUACCCGAUGUAAUUGCGCUUAUCUUUUUAGCUGGUGUCUUUUAACAGCACUUCUCCCUUUCGACUUCUCGGUGGGUGCUUCGCCAGUCCUGUUCCUUGUUUCCCCCGACUAGCCGAUACAACCUGCUCUUUUUGUCUAGUUGGUUGGCUGCGGUGUGUGUGUGUGUGUGUGUGUGCUACGACUCCGAGGGCACGUUAUCGAAGCGCAACGCCGUUCUCGUGCGUUUUGGGGGCUCUCACCACCCCCGAAAGAAGAAUAGUUGUAGCUGAGCGCAUAUAUUUAUAUUUAUAUUUAACGCAAGCAUCGUCCCUCCUCCCUUUUCUUUUUCUCAUCCGUUUGUCUUAUUAUUUCUAUUUCUCUCUUCAACGAUGACUUCCGUCAAGCUAGGUGCCGCCCUCGGCUUCGCGGUGUGGUACCUCCUUCUUCGCAUGCGGUGGGUGCCCGUCCCCCUCAUGCGCGCGUGGUUCUUCCUCGUGAGCCUCUGUAUUAUCUUCCCCACCUCUGCCAUGACGAGUAUUCUCGUACAGCUGCACCGCCUCGGCGUCUCCGCCUACCACACCCAACGCCUCUGCAUCGUUCCGCUGGUCUGCGCCUUCCGCGCCGUCUGGUGGCUCAGCCCGCACAUCCGCAUGCACAUGCAGUUCGACGCGAACGUGGACGGCAAGCCGACGAGCUGGGCGGACAUCGAGCUGCACCAUCAGGCCUUCGUUGGCAACCACACCUCCUUCUGGGACGUGUUCGCGUUCUUGUGCAUUGCGCCGAUGUCGCACCUCGUGCACACCCGCACCAUGAUGAAGGCCUCGCUGCGGGACAUCCCCAUCUUCGGCGGCAUCUUCGACCGCGUCGGCAACUUUCCCGUGUACUUCAAGUCGGACGAGGACGGCCAUUUUGAGGUGGACAAGGAGAAGCAGGCGGCGGUGCAGGUUGGCGUCGAGGCGCACCUCAGCAGUGGCGGCAGCCUAGCCAUUUUUCCGGAGGGCGCCAUCAACAAAAACCCGCGCGUGCUGCAGACGUUCCGCUACGGCACCUUCGCGACCAUCUUUGAGCAUCGCAUGCCGGUGUACUACUUCGUGCACCUCGGCGCGGAGAGGACGUGGCCGCGGUGGACGAUGGUGGGCGGGAUGCCGACGGACAUGCACAUCCGCGCUGGCCGCUUUCCGAUUGACUUUGACAAGGAGGACAGCAAGGCGGUGGCGCAUCGCAUGCAGCUGUACAUGCAGAAGGUGUACAACGAGUUGCUGACGGAGUGGGUGGGGCCGCAGGCGGUGGAGGUGGUAGUGGAGGAGGCGAGCCUCAACAAGAAGACGAGCUAA